CUAGGGACUCUGUGUGUGGUCUGCGAGGAUAUCGCUACCGGCAAUCAUUACUCUGUUCCGUCAUGUAAUGGAUGCAAAACUUUUUUUCGUCGCGCAGUUGUGAAUAAUCGAAUGUUCACCUGUAUGGGGAAUGGUGAUUGUCCAGUAAACAAAGGAGUUCGAUGCGCCUGUCGUCAUUGCCGUCUCAAAAAAUGUCUUCUUGUAGGAAUGGAUAAGAAGUCGAUUCAAAACGAUCGUGACCGCAUCGGAUAUACUAAGAGAACUCGCAAAAGUGAUAAGCAACCUUCUGACGGAAUAGGCGACAAUCAAGAAAGACACACUUCAAACUCGCCAGAUAGCUACAGUCAUGAGGACAUUCGUUUGGGGUCAAGUUGCUUGGAUUCGAGAGAACACAAACACGACAAUAAUGCUGUAGAUCCCAUGCUAGAGCGAUUGACAACACUGGAGAAUAACUUAACUCUUCUGCUCAGUCGGGCGGAUAUUGAACCUUAUGCCUCCUUAGACGAUGCCUUGGCUGCUCCUAGUCGUUUCCAUCAGCCAAUUAGUGUCAAGAUUACCGACCCCAUCGCGUCUCCGAAGCCGGGAAUGGACGAGAACAAAAUGCCGUUCUGGAGAUCUCGUAUUAUUGCAUUGUACAUAGACUGGGCGAAGUCAUUUGCAUGCUUCCGGAAUCUUCCUCAUGCUGACAAGGUGGCUCUCAUAACUAAUCAUGCUAGCUCCUACAUGAUUAUGUGUGAGGCUUUUCGUACACCAGAACACGUUGAAGACAGAAAAUUGGGAAAUGCUGUUAUUUCUCGUUCAACGAUAACCCAAAAUGAUCAGCUACAGGGACUGUUUGCGGGGAAAACGUGGCUGUUUAGGAUCAAAACGGAACCUAGUUCUAACAGUCCAGAUUUGUCAACAAUUCGACUCCCUACUGAGUACGGCAGUCUUCCGGCAGACUAUGGAACAGUAAUUCCAAAGGAUUAUGGUCGACCAGUUGCUGGAACAGAAGGCCGUUCAGAAAUGCAUACGUUUUUUGAUAACAAACUUUUCGAAGAUAACACAGAAUCAUCGAAAGCAAAUCGUGCAUCCACAGCUGCAGAAGAACCUGGUGCUGGUUGGCUGCCUACCGAAGGUCGACGACGCAGUGCAUUCGUGGGUUGCUCUCCGAAGGCGCUCUCGUUCAGCUUGUCCGGAUUAACACCAGUAAUGGCUGCCAUGAUCGAUUAUGUAAUGAAGCCGUUUCGGCAGCUCAAUAUUUCUACCACGGAGUUCGCUGCACUUCAGGCAGUAAUGUUCUUUGAUCCUGAUACGGACGGAAUCGAUUCUGCAAGUCAACGGAACGUGGCUGCUGAGCAGAAAAGAUUGCUCACUGCUCUACAUAGGCAUAUCCAGCGAACUUAUAAAGGGACUCUUGCAGAUGAACGAUAUGCCAACAUCUUGCUGAGAAUUCCCACAAUUCGUAAGGUUGCAGCGAAAAAGAACGAGUCAUUGCAAAUGAUAGACAUGUUGAACUUAUUCGCGUUGAACUCGUUGGUCAAAGAAACAGCUCUCGGUGUGCGGACAUCGACGUCAAGUACCCCUGCUCUUGGUUCCACCAUCAACGGCGAGUAUCCCUCUGAGUGA